AUGGAACAAAUGAGCAUGCUAACCCCGCGCGGGUUGAUCACUGUUUCUUCAAUAUCAGUACUUGGAUAUAAAAUUUACCUCAAAAUGACCUCCUACUGGUCAUGGUGGUGGGAAGUUAACAACGAGCAAGACGAGCUUGCUCGCACAAUUCUCACCAUUUCUGUUUUGGCACUAGUAUUUCUAUGGUACAAAUGUAUGUUAUUGUAUACAACUUCUUUGCCACCAGGUCCUUAUGGCUUACCAGUUGUAGGCUACCUCCCGUUUCUAGGCUCCAACUUACAUGAAAGAUUCACCGAGAUGGCUCACAAAUAUGAUCCCAUCUUCAGCCUGCAGCUCGGACGUAAGCUUUAUGUUGUGGUAAACUCCACGGACCUAGUAAAGGUCGUGGCUCGUGACCAGGACCAGACCUUUGCUAACCGCAACACUCCAAUAGUAGCGUCAGUGAUCACUUAUGGCGGGUCUGAUAUUGGGUUUGCCCAUAGUAAAACACACUGGCGUAACAUGCGUAAGCUUUUAGUCAGCAAUGUGAUGAGCAACGCAAAUCUAAAAGCUUCUCAGAGUUUUAGAACACGUGAAGUGAGAAAGAUGGUGAAUGAAGUUUAUGCUAAAAUGGGGAAAAAGGUCAAUAUUAAUAAAAUGGCUUUCAACACGGAGCUUAAUGUUGUGACAAGCAUGUUAUGGGGUUGCAGCAAGUCUGAUGAAGAGAUGGGAUCUAGCUAUAUUGGAGAUGGGUUCCAUGAAGUUGAAUCCAAAAUUAUUAAGUUACCAGGAGCACCAAACAUAUCUGAUUUUUUUCCAUUGUUAUCAUGGUUCGGUCUAAUAUUUAUAGUUAGGGCCUAUAGAAAAAGAAUCAAAGCUAACUCCAGCAAAAUCGGUAGGGCGGUUGAAGAAGAUGGGAGGAAGGAUUUUCUACAGAUCCUAUUAGAGCUUAAAGAUCAAAGAGACACUCCAGUAUCAUUUAACAUAAUCCAGAUUAAGGCUCUACUGAUGGACAUCAUACUCGCCGCAACCGACACAACAUCGACUAUGGUAGAAUGGGUGAUGGCAGAGAUUUUGAAUAAUCCAGUUGUAAUGAGAAAGGUUCAAGAUGAAUUAACUCAGGUUAUUGGUACAACCAAUAUUGUUGAAGAAUCCCAUUUGCACAAAUUGACAUACUUGGAUGGAGUGAUUAAGGAGACGUUCAGGUUACACCCUCCACUUCCCCUCCUAAUCCAGAGAUGCCCAGAUGAAUCUUGCAAGGUGGGUGGCUACACAAUCCCAAAAGAUACAGUCGUGUAUAUAAAUGUUUGGGCAAUUCAUCGUGAUCCCAAAAACUGGAGUAACCCAUUGGAGUUCAAACCCGAGAGGUUUAUAAAUGGCAAAUGGGAUUACAAUGGAAAUAAUGUGAAGUUUUUGCCAUUUGGCUCAGGAAGAAGAAUAUGUCCUGGAAUCCCCUUGGGUGACAAGAUGUUAACAUAUAUGUUAGCAUCUCUUUUGAAUUCUUUUGAGUGGAACUUGCCUAAAGAUGAAGAGUUUGAGACUAGUGAUGAGUUCGGGUUUGUAACAAAGAAAAAGAAAUCAUUAGUAGCCAUACCUUCUCAAAGGCUAUCUGACACAAGUCUUUACAUGAGAUAA